AUGCCCAGGGCUGGGGGCUCCCCGUGGGGGGACCCCCGUGCUCUGCUCCCCGCUCCGGGGGGCUGUGCAGUGAUGAAUUGCUCGCGCAGGAAUCGAUCCAGCUCCCAACCCAAACCAAUCUGUGAUUCUAAGAUUCUGUAUACAAACAUCGCAUUCAGGAAACUCCCAGAGAGCUUGCUCGGAGAUGCUCCAGCAGCGCUGAGCACUGACCGCGAACCUGCGCAUCCCGCUCUUCGGGGAGGCGGAGAGAGCGGCAGCAGAGGGAGGAAAUCCCGGGAAAGCAGGGCGGGAAAUGACGGCGGGAACGCGGGGAGAGGAGAGACAAAACAGGAUGCUGGCGGGCAGAGCUGCGGGGCCGUGCUGGUGGCCGCCGUGCUGCUGCAGUCCGUGUGCGUGGCCGUGACCUUCCUGUACUUCACCAGCGAGCUCCGGCAGCUCCAGGACUCGUACUCCAAGAGCGGCAUCGCUUGUCUCACCGGGGAGCAGAUCGGAAAUUCCAUCCAAAACUUGGAGCUCAUCGAAAGCCAAGACAGAGAGGCUGAUCCCUGCUGGCAAGUCAAGUGGCACCUGGGAAAGUUAAUUAAAAAGAUGAUGUCAAGAAGCUACGAGGAAAACAUAUCUGCAAUCAAUGUGGGGAGCACGCUGACCCUGCCGCGCGCCGAGGGGCAGCAGCCGCGCGGAGCCGCGCGCAGGAUCGCCGCGCACCUGACGGGCAGCAGCAGCAGGAGGAGCUCCGUGGCCCCACGCAUAAAUCCUUUGCCCAGAAGAGGAAAUGGACACAAAAUAAACAACUGGGAAUCAUCAAGAAAAGGCCACUCCUUCCUUUACAACGUGGAGUUGAGAAACGGCGAGUUAGUGAUACCCCAGACAGGCUUUUAUUACAUCUACUCACAAAUUUACUUCCGAUUCCGUGAGGAGGAGAACGAGGACUCAGACUUGUUGGGACAGAUCAAAAACCCCAAACAGCUUGUCCAGUAUGUUUACAAACUGACUAACUACCCUGAGCCCAUUUUGCUCAUGAAAAGUGCAAGGACAAGCUGCUGGUCUAAAAAGGCACAGUAUGGACUCUAUUCCAUCUAUCAAGGUGGUGUGUUUCAGCUGAAGAGAGAGGACAGGAUUUUUGUCUCUGUCAGCAACAGUGACAUAGUUGACAUGGACAAAGAAGCAAGUUUUUUUGGAGCCUUUAUGAUCAGUUAGAACAUGAAAAUCAUGAUCCCAAAUGGCCCAGUUUUUCUAGUCAAGGACAGCUUGAAUUCCUAUAAAAUAGGAGAUAACAAGCAAAAGCUGUACAGAUACCAACAAGAGCAGCCUGCCUUUACUCACCACGUUCUGUCCCAGCAGCCAGGAGGAGCAGCAGCAGCUGGCUGUGGGUGGCAAUGCUCUGUGCAGGCACAGGCAGCCAGGCUGGGAGCGUGUGAGGAUUCACAGGUGAUACCUUUGGCCAGAACCCCAGGCAGGUGAGCACUCACCUGCAGCAGAGAUGCUCCAGGCUGGCUCAGCUGUGGCACGAGGGAUGGCUGAUGCUCCAGGUCUGGUUACUCAAGGCUACUGGACAUCAAAUUUUAUUUGUGGUCUCCAUUAGGACCCUUUCUUGAAUGUGUCAGGAACCUUUGUAGAUACUGUGCCCAAGUGUCUGUAGAAUAUCUCCAUAAGUUUUCUGAACAGGAGUUUUGCAGGAGCUGCACAUCUUCAUCUCGUCUAACAAAGCACUUAAGCACCUAAUUAAUUUUAAGCACACAAACAGUCUACAUCAGGGUAUCCACAUGCUUGGAAUUAAGUAUGUGCUUAAGCAUCUCCAGAAUCACGUCUUGGGUAAACACAUUUGUCUUGUGCGGGAUAUUGUACAUAAGAACAGCUGCUGGAAUGGCACUGAAGAGCUUUUGAAAUCAAUCUGUGUUUUGAUCAACAUUUUGUAACAGUGCCUUUUUACUUAAUUACUGUGCUGCAGACAUCUCACCAGGCUCCCAGUAAGUUCAGUAAUGCAGUUGCUGUUAGACUUGCUGACAGCAAGAACUGGAUCCAGAAAAAAGAGAUGGGUUUCUGUAAAUACUGAAUUCUGUGAGAAAUUUGCAGCAAGUUAGGCAUGACAAGAUUCUUCCAUGUUUAUUUGUACUGGUCUGUGUUUGGUAGGAUGUAAUGUAGAAUAACACACCCCAAUGGCUAACAUUUUAAGGAAAACAGGGACAACUAUCUGUACUUACAAAAAUGCUGCUUAUUUAGGUAAUGCUGUAAAUACUUGAUUUUAUUUUUAGGAAUCGGAAAUUUUUAACUACGUUUUUUGUAAAAUACGUUUUUUAAAAAUGAACAGAAUAUUUUUUAACUCUAUGAAAAUGACUAUUUUGUAUUAAAAGGAUUUGAAAGUUUAUGGGCUUAGUGCAUAGCAAAAGUCAGGUUGUGUAAAUCAGCACAUCUGUAGCAUUGUCAGUGGAGGAAUAGCAAAUUGCACCAUGAGUGCAUUUUGCCCAGAUUUGGAGGAAACAAUGGGAAAGGUAAAAAAAAAAA